UACGGCUGCACAUUUACUGCAUGUGCGUGAGGCUUCUCCCUUUGCAAUCAUUUGCUUGAAAAGAAUGCCAAGCGUGCCUUUUUAUGUUUGGAAGUGAAGUUUCUAAUAAGGAGAGAUGUGCUGUGAUCCAUGAAUCAGUCCAAAACCCAAAUCCAAGAGGCCAGCCUUUGGAUUGAUUGCGACCGAGAAAGUGAUGGGGAAGUCACACUCCCUCUUGUCAAAGGGGAAAGACGACCGUGGCAGUCAGAGUGGCCUGACGACUGGUCCAGAGUACAUAGAUACACAGAGUGAAGAGGAUAGAAAGAAUGGAGAUGUGUCUCAGUUCCCCUAUGUGGAAUUUACUGGCAGAGACAGUGUCACAUGCCCCACAUGCCAGGGCACUGGCAGAAUACCACGGGGCCAAGAGAACCAGCUUGUGGCUCUGAUACCAUACAGUGACCAGAGGCUCCAGCCAAGGAGAACAAAGCUGUAUGUCACUGUGUCCGUGUUUCUUUGCCUUCUGCUGGUUGGCCUGGCUGUGUUUUUCAUGUUCCCUCGUUCUAUCGACGUCUGCUAUGUGGGCGUGAAGUCUGCAUUCGUCUCCUAUGACCAGGACAAACGGAUUGUCUAUCUCAAUAUCACGAACACUCUGAACAUCACCAAUAACAACUACUACACUGUAUCCCUGACCAACAUCACAGCCCAAGUGCAGUUCUCUAAGACGGUGAUUGGGAAGGCCCGUAUUAGCAAUGUGACGACCAUCAUACCACUAGAUAAGCAGCAGAUUGACUACAUGGUUCCCACAGUAAUUGCUGAUGAGAUGAGUUAUAUGUUCGACUAUUGCACCCUGCAGUCCAUAAAGGUUCACAACAUUGUGGUCAUGAUGCAGGUGACUGUGACCACAUCCUACUUUGGGCACUCGGAGCAGGUCUCCCAGGAGAUAUACCAGUAUGUGGACUGUGGGGGCAACACCACCUCACUGCAUGGACAUGUGAAGAUGUAUCAGUAAGGCAGUGAAAACACAGCCAUAAUGGAAGCCCAUCGAUCUAAAGGCAGACGAAAGAGUUUUACGGAGUUCCUUUGGGCACACGUCUACUGUAGAAUAGGAGGAACCAUGUCUCAGAGAAAGUGAAGUUAGCAAGGUGCCAAUGUACAGUUUAAUGAGGGUUUGAUGAUGUCGCAGGUAGAAAAUCUCUUGUGCAAAUUCUUCCUAAUAGAAUGAUCCAAUCCAAUGUGUACAGGCAUUUGAGAUAAAGAUGCACUUUAGCUUUGUAUGGGAAAUGCAAUCAUAAGAAAGUAUUUAUACGGCAGAGUUGUUGAUGUAAUGUAAUCUGUACCACUAACCUUCCCAGACCACUAGGUAUGGGACAUGCAAUACAAAUAAAGUAAUAGGACAGCAUCCUCAUUUUGAUUAUCAGCACCACUAAUCACCCCAGUCCACUUUUUGAUGGCAUUUUAUUCCAUUCUUUUUUUUAUAGCAGCCAUUUUGUUUUCUUCAAGGAUGUAUUUUGAUCAAAAUAGUACUUCCUGAUGUGUGUCGUUACUCUUACAUUUUCAUUGUAAUGAUAGUUAGAUUUACAUCUAAUUCUGAGGUGGCAUAUCAUGUCGGGGUGAAGUCAGCGUAAUUAGGAUGACUACGGACCUUAAUUAGAUUGCAACAUUUAGGUAUCUAAUGAGAAGAAUCUUGUAUUUUUAUAGCAUUCAAAUACAGUACCUAUAACUAUUAGAUGUGUUGUUUUAUGAUGUGAAUGACUCUUUAAUUGUAAACCUCUGAAUUGUUUGUUGUAAUGGGAAUGUUACAGGGUUUUUUUCUGACUUGGGUAGUAGACGACUACCUAUUUCGAAAUAUGAUAUUACAUAAAUACCCUCAAUGGUGUUGUAAAAUUAGGUUUUUAUUUUCUCUUUGGGAAUCGAAUUUAGGAGGUAAUUUUGUCUUUACAUUUUUUAUUUCAUGCCCUUUGCCCCUUUUUUAAUUUGUCAUGAUUGAUCACUGAAACAUGCAAGUAAGUUGUGCUUUUCGACUUUGUGUUUCUCCUGAGAUGAUUAAAUGUCAGGAUACAGUAACUAUCCAUUUGUUAUUUUCCUUAAACAUUUGUUAUAGCUUUUAACGUCUGUUGUGCGUGCACAGAAUAGUGAACCGAGGACAAUAAAAAUGCCCAAGAUAAAAUGUGUACAUUGUUUAUAUUAUCUGAUAUACUCUAUGGAGGAACAAUCACACCAAUGUACUGUUGUAUAUGUCAAUGUGCCAUAUUAUGUACCAAAUCAUCCAAGAAGAAAAUGUUCAUCAGUUUAAAGUCAGUUCUGAAUCCUCACUGGGGUGCGUUGACUGUGUACUACUGUGUAAAUGUGGAUAAUGUCCAUGUAAGCCACUGCCAAUCAUACAGCACAUCUAACAUUGUUUUUUCCUUGCAUGAAACUGGGAAUAAAAGUGGUUGAUUUUGA